AACAAGAAGCAUAACAAAAAAUAAUACAAUCAAUCAUAAAUAUCAUGGGAAAUUUAGGAGGAAUGGCUUCUCUGGUAGCCACUCUAAUAGUGGCAUUUGCACUAAGUGUGCCUUCACUAACCACAGCCGACUACAUAUAUUCCUCUCCACCACCACCAAUGUACAAAUCUCCACCUGUAUACAAGUCCCCACCUUCAACUCCAGUGUAUAAGUCUCCACCUGUUCACGAAUACCCACCAUCCACCCCGGUGCACAAGUCUCCACCUGUCCACGAAUACCCACCACUCACCCCGGUGCACAAGUCUCCACCUGUCCACGAGUACCCACCACCCACCCCGGUGUACAAGUCUCCACCUGUCCAAGAGUACCCACCACCCACCCCGGUGCACAAGUCCCCACCAGUCCAUGAGUACCCACCACCCACCCCGGUGCACAAGUCUCCACCCGUCCACGAGUAUCCACCAUCCACCCCAGUGCACAAGUCUCCACCAGUCCACGAGUACCCACCACCCACCCCGGUUCACAAGUCUCCACCAGUCCACGAGUAUCCACCACACACACCAGUUCACAAGUCUCCACCAGUCCAUGAGUACCCAUCACCCACACCAGUAUACAAGUCUCCACCAGUCCAUAAGUACCCAUCUCCAUCACCAGUAUACAAGUCUCCACCAGUGCACAAGUACCCACCACCAACACCGGUUUACAAGUCUCCCCCGGUUGAGAAAUACCCACCACCCACGCCUGUGUACAAAUCUCCACCAGUAUACAAGUCUCCACCAGUGCACAAGUACCCAUCACCAACACCGGUUUAUAAGUCUCCUCCGGUUGAGAAAUACCCACCACCCACACCUGUCUACAAAUCUCCACCAGUAUACAAGUCUCCACCAGUGCACAAGUACCCAACACCAGUUUAUAAGUCUCCACCAGUUGAGAAAUACCCACCACCCACACCUGUCUACAAAUCUCCACCAGUAUACAAGUCUCCACCAGUGCACAAGUACCCAACACCAGUUUAUAAGUCUCCACCAGUUGAGAAAUACCCACCACCCACACCUGUCUACAAAUCUCCACCAGUUCACAAGUACACACCACCCUCCCCAGUGUACAAGUCUCCACCUGUUCACGAGUACCCAACACCUACUCCAGUCUACAAAUCUCCACCAGUUCACAAGUACCCAUCACCCACCCCAGUUUACAAGUCUCCUCCUGUUGAGAAGUACCCUCCACCCACCCCUAUUUACAAGUCUCCACCAGUCCACAAAUACCCUCCACCCACACCAGUGUACAAGUCUCCACCAGUUCAAAAAUACCCACCACCCAGCCCAGUUUACAAGUCACCACCGGUUGAAAAAUACCCACCACCAACUCCUGUCUACAAAUCACCACCGGUUCACGAGUACCCACCACCCACCCCAGUUUACAAGUCCCCCCCAGUUCACGAGUACCCACCACCAACUCCCGUUCACAAGUCUCCACCAGUUCACGAGUACCCAACUCCCACACCCGUCUACAAAUCUCCACCCGUUCACAAAUACCCACCACCAUCCGUUUCCCAUCCCACUCCAUCCCCUUAUGUCUACGCUUCUCCUCCUCCUCCUCCUUACCACGAGUAAAAAAAAGUUUCUCUUAAGUGAGAAUAUCUUAUCGAGGUGAAAAGUUAGUUGACAACCAACAAAGAGGAAUAAAAGUCAAAGUUGUGGACGUGUAUUUGUCGAAAGAGCUAUUGCGAUGAAAUAAUAUAAAAAAGUUUGUCGUUUUGAAUUUUAUUUCAAUUCAUGUGCUCUGCAUGAUCUGCAUGGGGGCAUGGAUUAGAUGGCCGGCUUGUAUAAUUUUGUACUUUUUACUAUCAAGAUUUUAUAUUAUUAAUAAAAUAACGUAUUCCUUCUUUAAUAAGUUAA